CUGUUGGAUUGAUAAAAGAAUACUUUUUGUAUUUUAUAUAAAAGAAAAUAUAUAUAAAUAAAUAAAUACUAUGUUAAAAUUAAUAUAUUUACAUAUAAUUAUCCAUUUAUGUAAAAUAAAGUCAUAAAGGAAGAGAUUACUUUAAAUUUUUGAUAAUCAUAUUUCCUAUUUAAUUGAUCUUUAAGCGAUUACUUGAUUUCUAAUUGGUGUGCGCAGAAUUAACACAAUACCUAUGUGCAGUUAUAAUUGUAUAUUGAUUAUCGGUCUAAUGACUUGAAAGCUAGUGAUUUCCACUUGUUAAUCAUCAUUGAAAAUACAUAAAUCGCUGGUGUGUCAUCAAAUAUCGCUGUCGGCUUUUAAUUUUUCGAUUUUCAUUGAAUAGUGGCUGUUUGGAACUUCCAACUGAAGUCAUGGUCAUUUAGCCAGCGAAUGCCGGUUUCCUCAGAUAAGAGGAAAUCGCUUUAGAAAAAAAUUUAAUGCCAACUUGCAUUUGCAAAUAUUAAAAAGUAUAAUUUAAGAAUAUAUCAUUUUGAAUCAUGAAUAUUAGUCAAGGAUUUAAUAAAAACAAUGAACUACCAAUCAAACAAGAGGACGUACAGAUCAAGCAAGAGUUGCCAGACUCACACGCAGAAAUUGCCACAGUAAAAAAUGUAGAAAAUGAUAGAAAUAAAAUUGUUGAAGGAAAUAUUAAAAUAGAAAUAGAAAUUAAGUGUGAAAACCCUCAUAAUGUCUUUAUUAAAGAAGAACCAAGGGAUGAAAGUAUAGAUGUGGGAUAUGAAAGUGUCCAAAUAGGACAUGGCUGUGGGGAGGUACCAGGACACCAUGAAAAGGAAGAUAUAUACACUUCUAAAAACUUGUAUGAAUACAGUGUAAUAAAACAGGAGGUUGUAGAACAAGCCUCAUAUAGUACUGGUGAAUAUUCAUCAGAUAAUAAAAAAUUAUCAAACUGGUAUGAAAAGGAGGAGAAGAUUAAGCCAAAGGAAUUACUUAGUAACCGUGAUACAAAGGUUGUGGAUAUUGGGGAGACACAAAUACAGGCAGCAGAUCUGUCUUCAUUUGGUGAACAAUCUACAACUUGUGGUGAUGAAAGUGGGGUUAAUGAGGAGUUAUCAGGUGAUGACGACGAGUCAGGAGCGCAGGAGGUAAGCGAAUCAUGCGAGAAGUACUCGUGCAAUAUUUGCAACGAGAUGUUCACAACGCAUAGUCUAAUUAAAGCUCACGUGUUGGUGCACACCAGCGAGCACCACACACAGACGGACGAGAAACAGUACAGCUGCGACCAGUGCAACAAAUAUUUCGUGAGAAAACAAAACUUAAAACAACAUAUGGUGGUUCAUAUUACUGAAAAGCCGUACAGUUGUAAUUACUGCAACAGCACCUUUGCCAGACCUCUCAGUUUGAAAUACCAUCUGAGGAUACACACAGGUGAGAAGCCUUAUAGUUGUAAUGUAUGCAAUAAAAGGUUCAAUCGCCCGCAGAACUUGAAAAAUCACAUGCAAAUGCAUACUGGGGAAAAACCGUACAGCUGUGAUGUGUGCCAUAAAUUUUUCGCCAGAAAAGAGAACUUGAAACAUCACAUGCAUAUACAUACAGGUGAAAAACUUUACACAUGUGAGGUGUGUAAAAAAGAGUACGCGAACAGGCACAGCCUGAAGUGUCACAUGCAGGUUCACACUGGGGAAAAACUCUUUACAUGUGAAUUUUGUAAAAAGAAUUAUGUAACAAACGGCAGUUUAAAACUGCACAUGCUCAUUCAUACUAAGAAAGAAAAUAAACACGUUUGCAGCGUGUGUAAAAAAUGUUAUUUGUCUAAACAAGGCUUGGAGGAUCACAUGUUAUCACAUGUGGACGAAAAACCUAUAACAUGUGAAGUAUGUGAAAAGACAUUUACAACUAAACGGUCCCUGAAAAACCACAGGCGUAUACAUACCGGUGAAAAACCUUACACAUGUGAUAUGUGCGAUAAAAGUUUUGCGUUAGUCCAGAAUUUGAAACAUCACAAACGGGUACACACGGGCGAAAAACCGUACGCAUGUGAUGUGUGUAAACAAUGUUUUUCUAAGAGCGAGCAUUUAAAACAUCACAUGCAGGUACACACGGGGAAAAAACUGUACAGCUGCAAAGUGUGUCAGAAGGAGUACGCAAGGAGUGAGAGUUUGAAGUACCACAUGCAUGUGCAUACAGGCAUUAAACCUUUCUCAUGUGGCGUGUGUAAAAAGGAAUUCACUACAAAUCAAAGGUUGAAGUACCAUGCGAGUUCACAUCAGAUGAAGAGUAGUUAAUUAUAUUAAAAUAUGAUUUUUUUUUUAUAAAUCACUACGCAUCCAGGCGAGCUCAUAGAUGCCGCCCACGUUUCGUCGGGCUCAAGGUCAAGGUCGAACGGUUAUGGGACUGUACAAACGAAAGACAACGUCUUACUACUUUUUGUAGAAAGAAAUAUUUAUUUAGUGAUUAACUUUACAUUUGAUAACAAAAUAUCAUAAUGAAUAGGUUUUAUCAUAGAAAAGUUAAACUUGCGAUAGACCAGUGUUAAACACAUGUUUAGAUGCCUUGCUACAAAAGAGUGUUUAACAUCUCUUUGUGUAUAAAGUUUGUCUUGAUAAAAAUAAAAGGUGUUUAAAUGUAA